GUAGUAGGUCCGUCUCCUCCUCCCGCCGAGGGGCGCCAGAGUUAAGGAACUUCUUACUGGGAAGGGGUCCCUCCUUUCAGCAGGAACCUGACCCGCAGAAUGGAUCGGAAACGCCUGGAAGAAACGCUGGUUUAUCCUACGGAGUGGCCGGAUGAGCGGUGACCCAGAUGUUCUGGAAUACUACAAGAACGAUCACUCCAAGAAGCCUCUGCGGAUCAUCAACCUGAACUUCUGUGAGCAGGUGGAUGCAGGCCUGACCUUUAACAAGAAGGAGCUGCAGGAUAGUUUUGUGUUUGACGUCAAGACCAGCGAGCGCACCUUUUACCUGGUGGCUGAGACAGAAGAGGACAUGAAUAAGUGGGUCCAGAGCAUCUGCCAGAUCUGUGGCUUCAAUCAGGCUGAGGAGAGCACAGACACCCUGAGAAACAUUUCCUCAGCUGGUCAUGGCCCCCGCUCUUCUCCAGCUGAGCUCAGCAGCUCUAGCCAGCACCUUCUCCGAGAGCGCAAGUCCUCAGCCCCAUCACACUCCAGCCAGCCAACUCUGUUCACGUUUGAACCCCCUGUGUCAAACCACAUGCAGCCCGCCCUGUCCACCAGUGCACCUCAGGAGUAUCUCUACUUGCACCAGUGCAUAAGCCGAAGAGCAGAAAAUGCAAGGAGUGCCAGCUUCUCUCAGGGCACCAGAGCCUCUUUUCUCAUGAGAAGUGACACGGCUGUACAAAAACUUGCCCAGGGCAAUGGACACUGUGUCAACGGGGUCAGUGGUCAAGUCCAUGGCUUCUAUAGCCUUCCCAAGCCGAGCCGGCACAAUACAGAAUUCAGAGACAGUACCUACGACCUCCCCCGCAGCCUGGCCUCCCAUGGCCACACCAAGGGCAGCCUCACAGGCUCCGAGACAGAUAAUGAGGAUGUGUACACCUUUAAGACACCCAGCAACACCCUGUGCCGGGAGUUUGGGGACCUCCUGGUAGACAAUAUGGAUGUUCCGGCCACCCCACUCUCAGCCUACCAGAUCCCUAGGACAUUCACUCUGGACAAAAACCAUAAUGCCAUGACAGUGGCCACUCCUGGGGACUCAGCCAUAGCUCCCCCACCCCGCCCCCCCAAGCCAAGUCAGGCAGAAACACCUCGAUGGGGUAGUCCUCAGCAGAGACCUCCAAUCAGUGAAAAUAGCAGAUCUGUCGCUGCCACCAUUCCCAGACGCAACACCCUCCCUGCAAUGGACAACAGCCGACUUCACCGAGCUUCUUCCUGUGAGACCUACGAGUACCCACAGCGUGGUGGAGAGAGUGCAGGCCGGUCUGCUGAAUCCAUGAGUGAUGGAGUCGGCUCUUUCCUGCCAGGGAAAAUGAUUGUGGGCCGAUCAGACAGCACCAAUUCUGAAGACAACUAUGUGCCCAUGAACCCAGGUUCUUCCACCCUGUUGGCCAUGGAACGAGCAGGUGAUAAUUCCCAGAGCGUCUACAUCCCAAUGAGCCCAGGGGCCCAUCACUUUGACUCACUUGGCUACCCAUCAACAACCCUUCCUAUGCACCGAGGCCCCAGCAGAGGAAGUGAGAUCCAGCCACCCCCUGUCAACCGCAACCUCAAACCUGAUCGGAAAGCAAAGCCAACACCACUUGACCUGAGAAACAACACUGUCAUCGAUGAACUCCCCUUCAAGUCACCUAUCACCAAGUCUUGGUCUAGGGCCAGCCACACCUUCAACUCCAGCUCCUCCCAGUACUGCCGCCCCAUCUCCACCCAGAGCAUCACCAGCACAGACUCAGGAGACAGCGAAGAGAACUAUGUCCCUAUGCAAAACCCAGUGUCUGCAUCUCCCGUUCCCAGUGGCACCAACAGUCCUGCCCCUAAGAAGAGCACCGGCAGCGUCGAUUAUCUGGCCCUGGACUUCCAGCCAAGCUCCCCAAGCCCCCACCGCAAGCCAUCUACUUCAUCUGUCACUUCUGAUGAGAAGGUGGACUAUGUUCAGGUGGACAAGGAGAAGACCCAGGCCCUGCAGAACACCAUGCAGGAGUGGACAGACGUGCGGCAGUCCUCGGAGCCUUCCAAGGGUGCCAAGCUGUGACGAGAGGGCCACCGCAGAGCCCAGGGAGGGGCCAGGAGGCAGCGUCUCCAGAGCUGGCCCUUCACAUCUCCCCUACCCCUCUCCCCUCUCCCAUUGUUCCUUCCAUUCACUUCCUCUCUACUCUGCCAGUCUCAGCCUUCAAAGCACUUGACAUCAGGGACCCUGAACCCUUCCCCUGGGAGGUGAGGGCCUGAUCAAGGCACCUCCUCUGCCCACUCGGGGCCCAGCUGUGAUUUUUAUCAGUAAUGGCCAUGCCUCCACCCACCUUAGUUAGGAGCUAUUGCCAAAAAGCAUCCUUCAGCCUUUUCCUGUCCUUUAGACCUGACUAUCUACCAGAUGUUUGGAGGGAAGGGCUGGGGCUCUGAGCCAGAUUCCACACCUCACGUUCAGUCACAGCCCUCAGCUAUCUUCCCUCCGGCCACUGGGCUACCUCUCCUUCAGUCCCAGAAGACAAGUUUCACUGACCCAGGGAGUCAAGGACCAGCAGACCAAAGUGGAUAAUGGACUUUUUCAUUCCUGUUUUUCUUGGCAGGAGAGAAGCAAGGCCACUAAAAGAGGAGACGGUGGAGAAGGAGGCCCAGCAGUGGUCUUGAGGGGUAAAGGACUUAGAUGCCCAGAUGCAGAGGGAAAGCUGACAUCUGCAGGGACCCCCACUUUCAGGCUAAGGCCAUGGCAGGACAGCUGCUGUGGGGUGCACAGGCGGAGGAUGAAGGACAAAAGGAAGGGAAAACUGACGAUGGCCAACCUAGAGCAGCAAGGAGCAGCGCUUGGAGCUCAGGUGGUAGAGAUGACAAGGACACUGUGGGGUCUGGGUCCCCAGAACUCUGGAGCUACAGGCCACUCUAGGCCCAAGGGCAGUCCUCUUCCCCAACCCCCUCAAAGGCUCCCGCCAGCCUCACCUUGAAAGCAUCACACAGGGGAAGGCUUGGACCAAGCUGGGCGACCAAGCACGUGGGGCAGGAACACAUGGUAAAGGGGUGGGGAAUAUGGGAGGGAGUGUGGUGUGGAUGGGUGUGAUUCAGGGAAUGAGGGGAACCCGGGGACAGGCACAGGCUGGGCAGAGGCGCAGAGCAGGGCAGGGGACUCUGCAGUGGGGUGGGGCAGCGAGUUUCUAUGUAGUGAGCAGUGCAGUGGAAGUUGGGUGCAGAGGUAGCAGACAGAUGUGAAGCAGGGGUGAAGGCCAUGUAGCAAGUGGGGAAAUAUAUUCAAAGGGCCUGGGAGUGGGGGAGUGCCCAAGGCAAUGCUUGGGGGUACAGGGUGGAGCAGAAAGUGAAGGAGUGACACGUUAUGCAAGAGUGGUGUGCAUGGUGGUGUGACAUGAGCACCGUUCCUAGGAUGGAGGGACAGCAGGUCAGGCAGGACAAGGAGAAAGCAGGGCAGAAUGAUGCCUAGAGGACCACAUCAGACGUGGCUGACAGCUUGUGCCCAUGGGCUGUGGCGUAUGUCAGAUCGCAGGGUAGGAAGGAGUCUGGCCUGGUGCCGGCCCUGGGUUUCCUCAUCUCAUCCGUCCUCUGUUGCUCUCUAGCAUUCCAGGAGCCAUGUUGGACUCUCCUCCCCGGGCUUGAAAGGCUAUCAGAUUAACAGGGAUGGGGUGUAGGGCAUCAUCCAAGGUUCCUUCUCUUAAGCCUAGGGUGGGGGAUCUGAAUUUUUUUAUGUUGACAGUUCUUGACUAAAUUUUCAAGAGUUUCAGAAGCAA